UACCCUAAGCUUUUCCUCAUUUUAGUGCCAACUUUAAUAAUUGUCAUAUUUUGGUAUAUUUUUUGCAAAAGCACGGCCGGGUCAAGUAUUUUCCUGGUAGAUUUUGCAUGUUACAAGCCCCAGAAUAACCAGCAAAUUUGCAGACAGAAUUUUCUCAACAGAAGCAGCAGAGAACUAAAGUUUAACAGUGACACACUGGAGUUCAUGGACAGGAUCUUGCAAAGAUCUGGCUUAGGAGAUAAAACGUGUGUUUCUAAAGGCUUGUUAAGCGAUCCUAUGGAUAUGAGCACAAAAGCUGCUAAGGAAGAAGUGGAGAUGGCGGUUUUCGGAGCCAUAGAUGAGCUUCUGCUGAAAACUGGAGUUAGAUGUGAGGAAAUAGGUAUAUUGGUUUCUGUCUGCGGCGUUUUCAAUAUUAUGCCAUCAUUGUCAAGUGUCAUAGUGAAACGUUACAAGCUAAGAGAAGAUAUCCGCAGCUAUAAUAUGACAGGAAUGGGGUGCAGUGCUGGUCUUAUUGCCUUAGGACUUGUUCAAAAUCUACUCAAGGUACAUGAUAAUUCCUAUGCCCUAUUAGUAACGACUGAGAGCACCACAGACAACGUAUACAAAGGCAAUGACCGGUCAAAAUUGCUAAGCAAUUGCGUAUUUCGUGUUGGUGCGGUCGCCCUUCUCCUCUCCAACAAACCGUCCAAUCAGAAUACCUGCAAGUAUGAGCUCGUCCACACCGUCCGAUCUCAAACAGCAAAGAACGAUCGCUCCUACAACUGUAUUUUCAUGGAAGAAGAUGAACAAGGACAUCGAGGAAUCUCGAUUAACAAAGAUCUCUUGUACGCAGCUAUGAAAACCAUUCGAUCAAACAUAUCCACUGUAGCUCCCCUAGUCCUUCCUCUAUCUGAACAAUUCCGUUACUUGAUGAAUAUUAUAGUGCGGCGCUUUCGCACGGGAAGUAAAAUGGAGCCUUAUAAUCCUGAGUUCUCCAGAGCAAUCGAUCACUUCUUCCCACACGUCGGCGGGAAACCAGUGUUGGAUGAUUUGCAGAAGAAAUUGGGAUUUAGCGAUGAACAAAUGGAAGCUUCUAGAAUGACAUUAUACAGAUUUGGUAACACUUCCAACAGUUCGAUCUGGUAUGAAGUGGCUUAUGCGGAGGCGAAAGGUAGGGUGAAAAAGGGAGACACAUUGUGGCAGAUUGCAUUCGGGUCGGGUUUCAAAUGUAGCAGUGUGAUUUGGCGGGCGACCCGAUCCAUUGAUUGCGACGAGAUGAAUCCAUGGAGCGAUGAAAUUGACGAGUUCCCCGUAGAUGUUAGCAAGAUCGGAGCACUCUCAGACCUAUUCGUUGCUUCCAAGUAGGAAAAAUGCAUCUUAAUCUCUAAAACCAUUGUUUGGAUGGUUGUUAUGUAUCGAUUCAUAUUGUAUCGUAUGAUAUUAUAUUUUAUUGUAUUA